GGGGAGGAGGGAGGAGAGAUGCAAGUCGCUAAUAAAGAGAGUUAAAGUUCUAAAAAAAGAAAAAAAGAAAAUUAAACAAACUUUGCCUGGCUGUGGCGGAGGACGCAGCAAGGACUGAUUCAAGGCAAGAAGCUUUUUUUUCCUGAUUUCACUCGGAUUUUAGGCUUGAUUCCGGGGUGAAACAGUCUUCCAGAGCCGUGCGCAUUUACGCACUUGGAGAGUUCUCCGGGAAUCAGGCCACUUAGCAACUUUUUUUUUUUUUACCUACCCAGAAAUGACAGAAGAGAACCGGUCCCCGGCAGACACCCCGCGCAGUCCAGCAGGCAGCGACAGCUCCAUGUCCCAGCAUGGAUCGGGCUCGGAGUCCCCGACCUCUCCAUCAGGGUCCGAAGCACAGGAGGCGGCGCGCCCGCCCGGGAUGACGCACCAACUGGAGAGCGGCGUGGAGGACGAGCGCUUCCCCGCCUGCAUCCGCGACGCGGUGUCCCAAGUGCUGAAAGGCUACGACUGGUCGCUGGUGACGAUGCCCUCUCACGGGGAGAAAGGGCCGAAGAGCAAGCCUCACGUGAAGCGGCCGAUGAACGCGUUCAUGGUGUGGGCGCAGGCGGCGCGGAGGAAGCUGGCUGACCAGUAUCCUCAUCUUCACAACGCGGAGCUCAGCAAGACGCUGGGCAAGCUGUGGCGACUUCUCUCUGAAACAGAGAAGCUUCCCUUCGUUGCGGAGGCCGAGCGGCUGAGGAUGCAGCACAAGAAAGACUAUCCGGACUACAAGUACCAGCCUCGGAGACGCAAGAACCCCAAACCAGGACAGGGGGACUGCAGACCCGGACCGGUACAGCAGCAACAGCAGGACUUGUAUAAGACAGAACCAGGGGUGGCAAGACUGGCUGGAACAGCGGAACUGCACCAUCAUUAUGAUCCAGACAGGACAGGUCAGUCUCAUGGGCCUCCAACACCCCCCGCCACCCCUAACAAUGACCUCCACAUGGGGACCAAACACGAGGCCCCGCGGCCUGUCGACAGCAGCAGCACCGGCCCCGCGCCUGCCAGCGGCCGGCAGAACAUCGACUUCAGCAACUUGGACAUCUCAGAGCUCAGCACCGACGUCAUCAGCACCAUCGAUGGCUUUGACGUCCACGAGUUGGACCAGUACCUCCCUCCCAACAGCCACGCCUCGGCUCUUCUAACCCCGCCAGAUGGCAGCCACGGACAUAACCACCCUUCUGGGUCCUUCAUUCUGCCCAGCAUCUACUCCCACUCCCAUACCUGGACACCCAAAAGUGGCAUUUCCACUGGAAUGCCAAUUUCCUCUUGCAGUCGUGAUGCGCAUGGGCUCCACGAGGACACCAGCCAAAAACCUCAGAUUAAAACUGAGCAGAUGAGCCCAGGUCACUACAGCAACUCCUCCUCCUCCUCCACUCCUCCAACGCCACAACCGGAGUACGCGUCCCUCGGCUCGGGCGUCUGCCCUUCCUCCAUCAACCAAUCUGACUACACUGACCUCCAAAGCUCCAGUUUCUUCAGCGCCUUCCCAGGGUACCCUGCCGGUCUGUAUCAGUACCCGUACUUUCACUCGUCUCGCAGGCCUUACAGCCUGACCUUGGCACCACCUCCACACAGUCCUCCCUCUGGCUGGGAGCAGCCUCUCUACAAAACUCUCUCCAGGCCUUGAAGAGGCAGAAAACCCCACAAAAAAUGGGGAUAUGGACACAAACUUUAAUGACUACUCAGACUGAGACAGGGCUGGUUUGACAACUUGUAAGAUAAUAUUUGGCGAUUCAAUGACUUGAAUGUUAAUUUUAAAGAUUUUGACCAGACUGAUAUCUGUUGGCCAAAGCGUCAUACAGUAUUGUGGGUCAUUAUAUAGUUAAACAUCUUUUCUUAUUUUUAGGCCUUCUGUAGGGCAGCUUUAGACAUGAAAGGGGAGAGAGAGAGAGAGAGAGAGAGAGAGAGAGAGAGAGAGAGAGAAGGGGAAUUGCUAUACAGCAAAGGGCCGCAGGUCAGAACUGAACCUGCGACCACUGCCUCGAGGACUGAGCCUCUGCAUAUGGGCACACACUGUACCAGCCAUCCAGGUGCCCACAUUUGUUCCUUUUUUUACAAAGAUAAAUUCCCAAGAUUGACUAGGAUUCAGUGUUUUGAGCGUUUUCUGAGUGAAAAGCACUGAGGCAUGGCUUUUAAACCUGCGUUGGACACUAAAACGUUCCAUUUAAACCCCACACUAAUGACAUUUUGGGAUGUGAGUAGCACCUAUUUAAGACAGGGAGUUUCAGGUUUAAUAGCAGUUUUUCCACUUGUACUGGCUGAGUAAAACAGUUUCUUUACUCUCAACCUUCACGUUGAUGGGAUCCAAAGUCAACUGUGUUACAUUUCCAUUACAUUACAUCUGAAGCUUAUUCCCUUUUUUUCCUUUAAUA